AAUAUUUGUAGCAUACACGAGUCGUUUGAAUAAACAAAACGGAUCACUGUCGCGUUUUUAGGAAUUAUAAGAUAUGUCGCCUCGCGUGAGCGUUACUAACACAUCGCAACGCUUUUGUCGUCGUUACCAGCGCGUUUAAACCCACCCCGUUGAGCGCGAGAGCGUUGUACAGAGCGCUAAAUAAAGGAAUUUAGUUGCUGAUCAAGACGGAACUGACAGUUUGGGCUGCGAAAAUAUGGCAGAGUUGCACGUUGAGCCCAACGAUACUGGCAUCAUCGAGCAGAGCGAAAAUCAUUGUGAAAUCAGAGGCUCCGUGAAUGUGAGACUCCCCUCGCCCACUCUGGUGAUUCCGUCGUCCCGGUUUGGCUUGUCCAGUCCCGGGGUCUCCGGUUCGAGAGCAUUGAUUGGGUUCCCAAUGAAAAGCAACCUCAGUUCCCCAUCGUCAGAAGCCACAGAGAAGCCAGGAUCUCGGUGGGUUCGGCUGAAUGUUGGAGGAACCUACUUUGUCACAACGAAACAGACCCUGUGCAGGGACCCCAAGUCGUUUUUGUCUCGAUUAUGUCAGGAAGAUCCAGAUCUGGAUUCGGAUAAGGAUGAGACAGGAGCAUAUUUGAUUGACAGGGAUCCCACAUAUUUCGGACCCAUCUUGAACUACUUGAGGCAUGGGAAGUUGAUCAUCAACAAGAACCUUGCUGAGGAUGGUGUUCUGGAGGAAGCCGAGUUUUACAACAUUGCAUCACUUGUGAGGCUGGUGAAGGAGAGAAUACGAGACAAUGAGAACAGAACGUCUCAGGGCCCUGUGAAGCAUGUGUACCGUGUAUUACAAUGUCAGGAGGAGGAACUUACUCAGAUGGUGUCCACCAUGUCAGACGGCUGGAAGUUUGAACAGCUCAUAAGUAUCGGCUCCUCCUAUAACUAUGGCAACGAGGACCAGGCAGAAUUCCUGUGUGUUGUUUCCCGGGAGCUCAACAACUCUACUAACGGAAUUGUUAUUGAACCCACUGAGAAGGCAAAGAUCCUUCAGGAGAGAGGAUCCAGGAUGUGAGGAGCCUGGUGCCUGAGCUCACACAGAUCUCCCAACUAUCUCCUCCUUUCUCCAGAUCCUCCUCCACCAUACAGCUGACUCCAAGUUCAUCAGCCCGCCAACCCACCCCUCACCUUACCCGCCCCUCCUCCCUUGUGCCUUUCCACUGUGGGGGUCUCAGUUCCCUUCCUCCCUGCAGUGCUGCAACAUUAACCAAUCAGCACCAUCACUAACUAUCAAUGCUAUUAUCGACUAAGCAAAAGUGUGUGUGUGAGGUUAAACCUCAGACCACCAUCUCUGAUGCAAGACUGCUCAGAAAGGAUUACAGGGAAGGAUUUAUUCUUCAUGUUAUUUUUGCAGCCUUCAUAAUCAUCAUCAUAUCCAAGUCAUUUUUUCAUCAAUUUACAGCUGCUGGCUUUAGAGUUUAAUUGGGUUCAAUUGCCCAGGUUAGCUUGGCUGUGUCCAUAUUACCAUAAAUUCCUCAGGACUUCCAAAGGCAUGCAAGAUAGACAAAGCAGAACUCGCUUCCCCUGACCUUCAUUACAGCUUCUCUUAACAAGCACAUUAACUUACACUGUAAAUCAUUAACAGCCACAUUAGCACUCUGACUGAUCAUCAUCAUUUUAAUAUCCAUUUCCCAUUGCCUGGUCAGACCGAUAGCACAGCAGCUGGCGCAAUGGAGAAAAUGUAAACGGCGGCUUUUGAACAUGCAGUAUUUUGUCUUCAGUGUGGCAUGUUCCUUUUGUUUACUCUACCCAUUUACACAUCUGGAAAGUUCAAGAGGAGAAGGGAGAACUCAUACUGCCAAUUGUCCAGUCAGAUGCCCCACAUGUUUGUCCAUUCCAGUGAAUCACAAGAUGCCUUGCAUUUCUGAUUCACUCAUGUUGAUUUCGGUCAUCCUGGAAAUUAUUAUUUUUUUAAUACAUUUUAUUUUGUUUGCUUUGUUGCUACAGAUAUUUAAUAGCAUCAAAACAGGAAAUACAAAACAGAAGAAAUAUGUGGAUUUAGGGCAUAAGGAUUAUGUUUAUUAAAAACAAACCUUUUAUGAAGAGGCCGAAUGCAAUUCAUGUAAUUGUUGAUAUCUGUUUCAUAGUGGUUGAUUCUUGUGUUUAUCAAGAUACGAUUCUCUAUCUGAAAGGUGGAGGUUCUGAAUCAACCCUUUAUGUACUUUUUUUAAUACCUGGUCACCGAGAUGUACAUUUUGUUUGUUGUGUUUGCCUUUAAACUCUGUCAUUGACUGGAAAAAAUGAAACAAAAAAACAGGAGCCUUCUAUAGAGGUAUCAAGCAUACAUAGUACAGGUAGUUCAGGACUGAACUACUUGUUGGACAAAAUGUCCACCAUUUUUGAGUCAGGGCAAAACUGCAUUAUUAGCUGUUUGUUAGUUACAGCUAUCCAUAUUUGACACUUUUCUGACAUUUUAAAUUAUGACCUAGUCCUUCCUGUAAUACCAUAACAUUAUUUUGGCAAUUUAACUGUUUAACUCAUCCUUUAAAAGUAGUCUUAUCUCUAAAAUGGAAUGUUGUAGAACGUAAAGGGCUCCAUUUAUUGUGGACAUUAUGGUACUUUUCCACUGCAUGUUACAGUUCGAAUUGGCUCUGCUUGCUUUACUUUUCUGAGCUUUCUUUUCCACUGCAGUUUAGUGCUGCCUCAACAUGGGUGUGAUUAUAGGCUGAUAGUCAUAUUUGUGCUGCAUCUACUGCCGUGUCAUAAUCUUAAACGCGACACAAAUAUUACUGACCAUAAAUGAUAGCUGUUAGCAACUAGCUCAUUGUGCUGCAUAAAGGGGAUUUUACACAAGUGUAACAUUUAAAUUGGCCUGGUUAUUUUAGAAGCAAGCUUUUAAGUAGCUGGUCAACUAAAUAAAGUGAAGCUUAUAUAGAGCAGAAUAUAUUGAUAACAAAACGUACCAUCCUCCAUCGUGAACUCCAACUACGCCAUGGCCGAGUUCAGGGCACUCUCCCUCCCAUUGCUCGCUGGUUUAUUGCCAUAGAUAGUGUCCAUUUGGUCGAACCACUUCCACCUUUUUCUGUUUGAACCACUCUGGCUGUUGUGGUUCUUGAUGGUUCUGUAGUCACUAAAGUUUUUUUUUAUUUUUUUUUUUUUAUAACUUUUCCCUACACUGUUGGUAGGUCCGGUGGUAGCUGUGUGUGGCCAACAGCUGAGACACUUCCAGAAAGACCCCCAAAAAUUGAGCAGAGUCGUGUCGAGCUGUACCGUGCAGUGGAAAAGCCCCAUUAGAUAUGUCUUUUUUUAUUUUACGUAACGUAUCACUUCAGGUAAAUCAAUUUGUUUGCUUCUUUUUGACAUCGAUCCUGGCAUUUCGCCCUCUUAACUGGUUGCCCUCAAUGUUUUACACGAUUCUUCUCUCCAGUAGCAGAUAUAUGUUUAUAAAUACUUUCAACUUUGUCUACAGAAGUGAUCCAUCACAAAUGGACAAUAUUUGGAAAUAUGUCUCAUUAAAUUGUAUUGUCCAGGCUGUAUAACGCAUGCCUGAAUUUUUUUUUUCCGUUUGUUCAUAUCUAUUGAUAAACUGUCGAUUGAUCAAGGGGUCAGUCUCAUGUACAGAAAGCAUCAUGUACAUUGGCAUUGAUGUUUUUAGAGUCUGCAGUGUUAAAAAGUGCUGUCUCAAUUAUGUUGGAGAUUUUUGCAUCCUUAUCACAUCAAACUCUGUCUUCUUGAUAUGAUAAAUAAAAAGACAUGAGUACUUGAGUUUGCGAUCUACGGUAUGCUUGGUUUGCUCAUCUUUCGUAUGUUAUGGCUGGCCUUCCCUUUCUUUGGUUGUGUUGAUGUUUUCCCCCUCCUAGAGAGAGUUUAUUUGUUAAGCCCCAAUUGUUAGUUAUUGAGGCUCCUAUAACAGGACCUCCCCUCACUCACAGGAUCUUCUUGUACAUUCCUAUUGUUCACAGUGACAGAUUGAAUUCAGAUCUGGUUUCAAAGCAGAAUCCUGGAUUCAAAGGUGGCACUGUUAGUUUCUCCCCUUUCCUGCUGUUUGUCUAGUGUUGUGCCUUUGACCUAUCAUUCCCUAUUUCUCUUCACUCUUAAGUUACUCUUACAGAUGCUUGAGAAGCAGACUAAUAGAAUGCAAUGGUCCGUUUGUUUUUCAUUUGUUCUCACUCUUAACAAUCAGUUCUGUUCCUUGAUUCAGAUACUGAAUGUACUGUUGAGCCCUUUUUUCCAGUUUGUUACUGUUCUUGAUCCUGUAAUUUAUGUUAUGUGCCUACCUAUCUGUAUUUGGCUUUUUGACUGCUGCCCAAAUGCACUUUUUAUUUGGGCCCAAAAUUUUGCACCUACCUGCAUAUUCGCGGUAAAUCCUAGGUUGUUUUUUUUUAUGUUCUCAUUAUAUGGAUUUGUUUUUAGGUUUUGUUUUAUUUUAAGAGUUGAAUCUUGAUACUUGGCAUAAGAAAAUGCCAUUUGCAGUCUCAAGUCUUAUCUACACCAGUUCGGGAAACUGAUAUGGUUGUCACACUGACUACUGCUACUUUCCUGAAAUUGUACAGCACUUGAGACUGUUAGAUUUUGUCUCUUUGUAUCUUCCCUAUAGAAAUCUGCCAUUGUCCUUUACAUCUUGUGUCUCAUCUGAGUUGAUUAGGAUCAAACAAAAAGACAUAUAUUGAUUAAAAAUAUAUUUUCUUUGUGGGGGAAAAAAAAAACUUGUGAAAAGUUAUAUGCUAUUAUAAAUAUCCAAGGGGUUAAGGGAUACAUGUUGUGAAACACCAACUUGGAAGCAUGCAAUGUGUUGAGUAUAUACAGUAAUGUAAUAUGCUGGGAUUUUGUCACAGUGUAAAGGUAAAUUGGUGCAUGGACAGUUGACAGAUGGUAUUAAUAAUAUUUGAGAAGUGGCGUUUAAAAACUGCUGGUCUGCUGCUCUUAACAGAAAAUCCUGGCCCUAAAAUUUGUAUUUUUGUUUCUGUUUUAUAGAAAUCAAUUUAAUCACACACACCACUAUGGAAUAAACUUGCUUGCUAAGGCUAAAAAUGCUUAUACAUCACUCUUUGUAUUUGGUAUAAAGUAUAUAGCCUUCAACUGAUGUUUUGGAAGUAGGCCAGAAGUGCAGUCCUCUGUCAAAGUCUUUUAUAUAAGUGAAAAAAAAGAAGAAAAAAAAAGGUCCAUGUUCAAAAGAAUAGGUGAUUUUUAUUUCUGCCAUAAUAGUUAGUCUGCAACACCUGCAUGCUUUUUUAUACAGUACACACACAUUUUAACGUGCUGAAAACCUGCUCUUACAUCAGAUGUUUUGGGUGUAUUUCAUUGUCAACAGUAUUGAUGUAAAGUGUCAAAUAUGUCACUAGACUAUGGAGAUUGUGGAGCCAAGUGUUCUGGAAAUGAAUAGUUUUGAUCAGAUGGUCCCUAAUUUUCUUUUUCAUUUUUGAAGUUUGUCUUCUGAUGCAGUUACUUGCAAUGUACAGAUUGCAAAGAUAUAAUGUAUGGUUUUUAUCAUAAAAUGUGUUUGUGUUUCAAAGUUGUGUGGUGCUCAUUCUUUUCAG